AGGACAAUAAUACCAUUUCUUAAUUCAUUUUCCUUCAAGUCAAAUUGUAUUUUCAGAUCUUAACAGUUUUUUGUUAAUCAUUUUUGCAGAUUCUUAUAGUUUUACUUUAAUCAAAACAAACAGAAUCAAAUACCCUGAAAACGUUAAAUUUACAAUCAAAUAAUUCAGUUUCAAUAUAUCAGUCUCACUCACCUAAUAGUCACUCUCACAAACCCUCUCGUUGAGACAUCAAAACACUCGAAAACCCAAUCAAAAACAUCCAGGGAAAGAUCCAAAAAUGUCAUCAAAAUCAGUUUUUGUAUCAAACCCAUUACUCAAUCUCUCUUCUCCUUCAAAAAAACAUUAUCUUUGUAACUUCAAGACCCCCAUUGUAGCUAUAGCAACUGGUAAAAAACCAACAUCCGUAUCAACAGCAGCAGUAGCAGCAGUUCCUGAAACAAAUACAAAAACAAAAAUGAAUCUUGGGUUUAAGAGUUUGUUAGAUACAUUUCGUAUAGAUGUACAAAAAGCUGAAGGGAGACCAUUAAAUGUUCCAUUGAUUGCUCCAUUUACAAUUGCAACAUCAAAGCUUGUAAAUGUUGAGAAUGUUGCAAUAAGGGUUGAAUUGAAUAAUGGAUGUGUUGGUUGGGGUGAAACGCCUAUUCUUCCUUUUGUUACAGCUGAAGAUCAAUCAACUGCACUUGCUAAAGCUGCUGAAGUUUGUGAGUUUCUGAGAUUGAGUAAGCCAAUGAGACUAAAUUUCCUUCUUAAUGAAAUUCAACAACUUCUCCCUGGACAUCAAUUUGCUUCUGUUAGGGCAGGACUUGAGAUGGCAUUGAUUGAUGCAGUUGCAACAAGCAUUGGUGCACCGCUAUGGAGAUUGUUUGGUGGUGCAUCAAACACCAUUACAACUGAUAUAACAAUUCCAAUUUGUUCUCCAGAUGAAGCUGCCAAAUUGGCUUCAAAGUACCGUAAACAAGGAUUCAGCACCUUGAAGCUUAAAGUUGGAAAGAAUCUGAAUACAGACAUAGAAGUUCUCAAAGCCAUAAGGGUUGCUCACCCUGAGUGCUCAUUUAUAUUGGACGCCAAUGAGGGAUAUACAUCCUCUGAAGCCAUCAAAGUGCUUGAUAAGUUACAUGAAAUGGGUGUAACCCCAAUUCUCUUUGAGCAACCAGUUCACAGGGAUGACUGGGAGGGUCUAGGUCAUGUGACUCAGGUUGCCAAGCAAAAUUAUGGGAUAUCUGUUGCUGCAGAUGAAAGCUGCCGAAGCUUGGUUGAUGUUGAGAAAAUCAUCGAAGGAAACCUAGCUGAUGUUAUAAACAUCAAACUUGCAAAAAUUGGGGUUUUAGGGGCUAUUGAAAUUAUUGAGCUUGCAAGGAAAUCAGGCCUGGACCUCAUGAUUGGUGGCAUGGUUGAGACUAGACUUGCCAUGGGUUUUUCUGGUCAUCUGGCCGCUGGUCUUGGGUGUUUCAAAUUCAUUGAUCUUGAUACGCCUCUUCUACUUUCCGAGGAUCCAGUUGCUGAGGGUUAUGAAGAUACAAGGAACUAAAACUGUUAUGCUGAACAUGAUUACGUUGUUGCAGUUUCUGGUGCUGUUUAUAAGUUCACUAAUGCCAGAGGUCACGGCGGCUUCCUUCCUUGGGACAGUAUUGCAUGGUAGUUUUACCUGCAUCUCGCUUUCCAAUUUGUUUGCUCUCCUGAUUCAUGCUUGGUUGCUAAAAUUACAAGCACAUAGUACAUAAGAUUACAGAUGGUUCUUUGUUUCCAUAUUUUAUAUGUUUAAGUCUAUAUCCCAUUUGUAUUUCAGAUCUAGUUCUUGACAGAGACAACAGUUGCAGAGUACUAUACAUGGAUACAGAAAACUUUGUCUCUCUGAAGUUAUUUAAUUCAAUUUGAAGUACCAGUUUGUCUACUUAUUUAUAUGUAUGUAAUGAUAUGGACAGAAAUCUCCAGUUUAUAAUGGAAUGGAUUAGAGUUUAGAUCGUUUGGUUUA